AUGAAAUCUCACAUUUAUGCCCUCGGUCUCUUGACAGCGGCCCAAGCCGCCGCAGUCCCGGCCGACCUGGCCGUCAGACACGGUGACAAGCAGCCCAGCCCGUUCACCUUCACCUCGACCUUCAACGUCGUCGCCAAGCCAGAGAACGUGGUCGACGCGCAGAACAACUUCACCGGCGGCCUGCAGGGCAGCAGCGGCACGUUCAACUUCGGCAUCAACUCGGUGGACAACGUCAUCUGCUACAACAUCACCAUCGCCGGCUUCCGCGGGGAGUACCAGUCCCCCGCCAAGUCGGCUACGCACAUUCACGAGGCCGCCGUGGGCAAGGCCGGCCCGCCUCGGAUUGCGUUUCCCAACCCGGAGGGCGAGGGUGAGGGGCCUCGUCGCAGCAUCGGCUGUCUCACGGGGCCGUUCACCACGGGUGUCAACGCGAGCGGCAAGGAUACUGGUGACGGCUUCCAUGUUAGGCAGAUUGAGGAGAAUCCGGCCAUGUUCUUCGCGGAUGUCCAUUCUAGCCUUGCGGUUCCCGGCGCGAUCCGUGGUCAAUUGGGCAGGAAGAACUAUUGCUAG